AUAUUAAUUCGCUGAAUUAAAAAGUGUCCUGUCACAAUAAUUACAGAAGUACAUUCUAACGUAAUUGAAUUAUUGUAUGAUAUAUAGUAUUAUAGAUAAUAUUCUUACUAACAAGACUUCCCAAGACCACUGAAGCUGUCUGGCACAAACAUGACAACAGAUUCUUACAUAGAAAAGUUAUAUAAAUAACAAAUAAUGAAUGGAUGGAUGGAUGUAUGGAUGAAUGGAUGCUUUAUUGUACACAGAAGUUUCAAAAGAAUAUACAAAUAAAGAUAACAAUACAAUAAAAUAUAAAAGUAUUAAAGACAAUGUUUACCAAUUACUGUGCAUUGACAGAAGAUGACUGUCAGCCAUACAGACAGUGCAAGAAUGCAGUGCAAAUUUGCAAAGAUGUAAACAGUGAACAAUAAACAAAAAAUGAAAAAAUGUAGUGCAGAAUGGAGUAAAAUAAAAAUAGGGGAUCUAGGUGGGUGUGUCUGCAGAGAUGGAGGUACUGAAGUGACCAGAUUAAAAAAGUAUUACAGAGGGUGGACAAUACGGCCCAAAAAUAAUACAAUCAUAAUAUUUGAGGGUGUGUUUGUGAAAACUGUAUUCUUGGCUGUAUGAAGAAACACUGAGAAAUAUAUUAACUUCAGGAAUAUACUACUGUUAAAAAAUAAAUGUUAAAGUUCCACGUAAGUUCAGUAGAAACAAUAACAGUGACUUAUUUCUGAAUUUGUACUUGCAUAAAAUAAUGUAUUGUUAUAACCUGCAGCGCCUCUUCUGAGCUCAGGGGGCUGGGCUUACCUGAAUACAGGUGGGCUAAACUACUGUCUUCAGCCACUCCAACCACUCCUACAGUCCAGGAGGGGGCGCUGUGUGUAGCAGUGUGGACCUGCACCUCCUGUAGAGUGAAGGAAGCAGAAGAUCAGAGCUGAUUUAUAGCGAGACUGCCCACUUCUCCACCUAUCUUCCCUGUCAUAGCAGUGAACGAUAUGAACCGCUAGAGGGAGCCUGCGAGUGAGACCUUAAUGAAUUGGAGUGAAUGGAAAUAAAUGACUAAAACUAAAUAAAAAUUAAAAUAGUGUCUUAUUAAAUAGCGCAAAAUGUAGAUUUAUGUAUUUUAGCUGUUGUAACAAUAAAUCGUAUACUGUUGGAAAGCCUGUUAGGUCAGAGUAACGUUUAUUAGUGUCAUUUUCUGACCUCGAGCUAAAUUCGAAAAUAGAAAAUUUGGUACAAACUUGCAGAUGGAGCUUUCUAUUUUUGCAUUUAGCCUAAAACAGUCAGAAAAUGCCAUUAAUAAUCGUUACACUGACCCAGUUAGUUUCCCUUUUUUAUUGAAUAAAGUUUUAGAAUUAAAUAAUAUAAAACAUAAAGUAUUAAACAGUGAUUUUCUCCCAACAAGUAGGUAUAAGUUGUGAAACAAAUUGACAAAAUCUUAUGUUUGUCCUUUUCUUACAACCCUACCUAAACAUACAGUUAAUUGUUUUCAUGGGCUCAACCCACAAAUGCAUGUUCUUUACAAAUGUGACACAGAUUAAAAGGAAAAUUAACAGAUUUUGCAGCGGUAUACGAUUUAUUGCCAAGAAGCAUUGAUACAACAAAUAAAUAAUAAUCAACGAAACACAUAUCUCCUUACUUUUUGGUUUUACGUUUAGUUGUCCAGGAUAUUCAUUUUAUUUUAGAAAGUAUAAUGAAGUAUUUUGCAAAAAAAGUCUUAUAACAACUAGAGUCUAAGAGCUUUAAACAAUUGAUUCAGUACUAAAACAUGUUUUUUUGUUGAGAACAUUAGAAACAAAUGUACAUCUCAUUUUGCUCCAUAGGAACCCAUUCAUUCUGGACUCUCUCGUAGCGCCCUCUAGCGGUUGAUAACUAACACUGCACAGAGUCUGCAGUGAGUAAUCUCCGCUCUAUAGAAGAAGAUCUUUGGGAAGAUCCGCUGUGGUCAGCAGGCCACGCCCCCCGCUGUUGGUGUACACAGUGGUGCUGGAGGAGAGGAAGAGGAGCUGCUGGGAUGAAGAAAAUAAAAUGAUCUGUUAAAAUUACUACCACGAUGACUGUCAGACUCUUGAAACUCAGGAGAGAUUAAUGCUUAAGAAUGGAGUCCAGCAGCAGAAGCUCUGGUGCUCAGGAAAUUUCCAAGAAGACCAAAAAGAAAAGUCACAAUGGUGCAGACUGUGGGAAGAGUUUCACUCAGCAGAGUAAUCUAGAAGACCACCAGCAAGCUCACAACACUGAUUUCAAAGACCACCAGAGCGUUCACACGCAGGAGAAACCGUUUCAGUGCUCGGUGUGUGGGAAACGGUUUUCUCGGCGGAAUUAUCUACAAAUUCACGAGCGCAUUCACACUGGAGAGAAACCGUAUCAGUGCUCAGUGUGUGGAAAGGGUUUUAUUCGGCAGAGUUACUUACAGACGCACCAGCUCAUCCACUCGGGACAGCUUCCCUUUCGAUGCUCGGUCUGCGGAAAGACGUGUAGCGAAAAGAGCAAUCUCAAAAAACACGAACGCGUUCACUUUGCUGAGAAACCGUAUCGCUGUUCAGACUGUGGGCGGUGUUUUCGGAUUCGGGAUACUCUCAGAAAACACCAGCUCCUUCACACCGACGUGAAACCGUUCCAAUGUUCCGAGUGUGGAAAGAGUUUCCACCAGCGCAGUACCCUCAAAACUCACCAGAACAUUCACGCCGAAGAGAAACCGUAUCAGUGCUCCGAGUGUGGAAAGAGAUUCACUGUAAAGAGUUAUCUCCAGCAGCACCUCCACGUUCACUCUGCAGGUAAACUCCACCACUGCUCAGACUGUGGGCGUAGUUUUACUCUGAAGAGCCAUCUCCAGAGACACCAGCGUGUUCACACUGGAGAGAAACCGUAUCAGUGCCCAGACUGUGGGAAGAGCUUCAGUGAUGAAAGUACUCUUAAGAAACAUCAGUACAUUCACACUGGAGAGAAACCGUUUCAGUGCUUGGAGUGUGGGCGAAGCUUUACUCAACAGGGUCAUCUUCAAGAACAUCAGCGCAUUCACACCGGAGAGAAACCGUAUUACUGCUCAGGCUGCGGCACGAGCUUUAGGCAUUUAAAUUCUUUUAGGCGUCACAAGUGCAAGGAACGGGAAACACCAGAGACAGCAGAGGACAACCCAUAACUAGUGGUGUAAUUGAUUACGGAUCAUCCUUGAUCACCCCUACAGUGGGAACACCAUUAAACCAUGGAUUUUUCAUCAAAG